GCGGAGCUCGGCCCUCGCAUCGCUCCGCCCCCAGGGAGAGUCGGCGCCACCAUGGAGGAGUACCACCGCCACUGCGACGAGGUUGGCUUCAGUGUUGAUGAAGUCCACAAUAUUGUCAAAGAGUGUGUGGAUGGGGUCUUAGGUGGUGAAGAUUAUAAUCAUAACAAAAUCAACCAAUGGACUGCAAGCAUCGUGGAGCAAUCCUUAACACAUUUGGUUAAGUUGGGGAAAGCUUACAAAUACAUUGUGACCUGUGCGGUGGUCCAGAGGAGUGCAUAUGGCUUUCACACAGCCAGCUCAUGUUUUUGGGACACCACAUCUGAUGGAACCUGUACUGUAAGAUGGGAGAACCGAACCAUGAACUGUAUUGUCAACGUUUUUGCAGUUGCCAUUGUCUUAUAACUGACUAAAAUGUUGUGCUAAAGCCAUUAACUUAAGAAUUUGUCAGUGUAUCCUUCCCCAAAAGAGUAAUAGUUACUUAUUAAUGUGCUAGCUGAUAAGUGUGCAAUAUGCUUCAAUGUUAUCAACAAAAACUGAAUAUUAUAAGCAAGCAAUCUUGUAGUAAGUUGGCAGAUUAUCUCAUAUUCUAUACAGCAUCACUUAAAUGGAAAAAAAUGAAUGUUAGCAAAAACAUAAAUGCAGAAAUAUGGCAUAAAAUGAAAAAGCAAUCUUAUAUUUACACCAGCUUUUCAUGAGCAUUAUGUGCCUAAGGAGAUGGGGAAAUCCAUUCAGAUAAUAAAACUCUUUCAGCUAGAGAAUCUAGCAGGGAUAAAUAUAUGAACAAAAUAGCUGCAAGGAUAAAUAUGGAGAAAAUGAUAAGAAUUAGCUAAUACCUUUUAGUUCUUUUUAAUCUCUUCCCCUCACUUAGCUGCCAUAAUAUUUUAGUGGAAAGUAAUUCUGUUCUUUUUUUUUUUCUAUUAACUAAUAUUACAGUAGCAACUAUGAUGAACUUGUUUACUUUUUCUGAUAAUUAGUAAAUCAAUUUUUUAAAAAUUAUUUCAAAUACUUGGAUUUACACUUGAGAGUGAAUUAAAUUUGGUAACCUGAAUUUCCUACUUAAGGAAAAUUAGUCACAGUGUAUGAUGAACAGUAUAUGACUCAAACAACUGCCUUACAAUUCACUCUUUCCAUGUGGAACAAACAUUUAUUGAAUGCCUAUUAUGAGUGUAUUUCUCUGCUGAGCAUUACAGUUAUCAAUGUGCUAUUCAAAUGCUAAGUUCUUGGUAACUGUUCAGUUGGGAAACUAACAUUUAUGUUUGGAGAAGGAAAAAAAGAGUUAGAGAAAGUGAAUCUGGUUAUCCAUGUAGAAGUAAGCAAAAUGAAAAGCACUUAUUGCUGACAGAAUUAUAGAUGUAAUUUUAAGAGUUGCUCCUAGCAAGUUAAAAAUGCAUAAAAUAUGCAACUCAGUUAAAGGCCUUAUUACCAGUCUUAACUAUACAAGUAGUAAAUUUUACCAUUGCUUUAGUUAAAACCAUCUGUAAAUAGUUUAAAUACUUAUUAUGUGGGGUUCAAAUUGAGUGGAGGAAAGUAUUAACUAAAAGUACACAAUCAUUAGCAAGUUAUCUAAUAUCUCAGGGCUUAUGAAAUGUAAUUAAAUUUAUUAAGAAAACAAAAGAUGAAAAAUUAGGGUACACAGCUGACCACCAAAUGCAAAAUCAAUCUGCUAUUUAACCUUGAAAACAAAAUCAAUUUUGCAUAUUACCAUUAACACUAAUACACAUAGGGAAUGGAAUUGUGAUUCAUUGAAUUUUGGGGGAAAAAAAGCUUGGUAUUUGUACUGACAAUAUUAAGGUAGUAUUCUUGUAGGAAUACUAUGUGCAUGUUUGAUAUUUUGCUGAGUAAUGGUAAUCGUUCCAUGUUUAAGAAGAUAUUAAGAAAAUAAAGGAUAAAGUUUAAUGCAAUGAUCUAUGUUUUUGGCACAUCACAAAUUCUCAGUCAUUACCUUUAUGUUACUUUAUGCUGCUGGCUUUUGUGCACUUGAAGAUUAUAACAGUGACCAAAAUAUCUGUGCAGUAAAGGCUUGUUUUUGAUUAUUGUUGUUGAAGCCUGAUUUUUAAAAAUGGUAAUCAAAUUAUACCUCGUGAACUUGCUAUCUGCUCUGUUUUCAGUUAAAAUACAAUAAAGAUCAUCUUCCU